AUGGAUGUAGAAAAUGAUGAUUCAAUGUUCAUAGAUCCGGAAAUAUUAAAAAAAGAAUUAGUUAUUUCAUUACCAAUAUUAACUGAAUCUGAUGUUGAAAUGAUAUUAAAUGGUGUCGAUCCUUUUGAUGACGCAUCAUCAUUAGAUGAAGACGACAAAGAAAAACCUUGUUUAAAACGUGAUCAACGACGUUUAAAUUUAUUAAAUAAUCCGGAUUAUGGUGUUAUUCUGUGUUUUAUCGAAAAAUUUCGUUCAUAUAUAAAAAUGAAAAAUUAUCCCUUACGCAUACUUGAGGAUAAUCUAAUAAAUGAACAAGAAAAGCUUAGUGGACGGUUCAUUGAUUUUCAUCUUGCUUUACUUAAAAAAGUUUCAACAGGUAAAACAAUUAAAAGAGAACAAUUUGUUUCAUGUAUAACAAAGUUUGCGUAUCGUUUUAAUCGUGACGAUGGAAAUUACUUAGAUGAACAUGGAUAUUCAAAAUCAACUGUUGAAGUUAAACUUCGAGUUUUAAAAAAUUUAUUAGAAAAACAAUUUGAUUGUGAUCAAACGUUGAAGAAUUUUGCUGCUAAUAAAUCAUCAAUUGAAAUACGUUCAAAACCAUUUGGUCGAGAUCGAUUUGGCGCAUCAUAUUGGUUAUUUACGGACACUAAUUGUUUUAUACGUUUAUUUCGUGAAAAUAUUGAUAAUAAACAUACAUGGAUAAAUCUAGCAAAAAAUCAAAGUGAAUUAGAAAAUCUCAUAAAACUUCUUAUAACUGAUCAUGUUGUACGAAAAAAAUUUCCUGAAUGGAAAUUUUCUUAUGAAUCAUUUAAUUGUUUAUCAUCAUCAAAUGAAUUUGAAGAACGUUAUUCAUUAAAUUUAUCAGAUAAUAAACAUAAAAAUGAACUUAUAGACGAAUUAUGUUCUUCAUUAGUACUAUUUCAUUCAGAUAUUAUCAAAACAGAAGACGUUGAUUUCGAGCCAGUUGUUAAUCUUAAUCGAGAUUUACCAUCUUCACCAUCAAUAUCAUCACCUUUUAAGACAGACAAUAUUGAAAAAAAAAAUGAUAUAGAUAUAACAUCUGAUAAUGAAUCACCAAAUUCAAGUGAAAUUAAACCUAAUCGUUUAAGUAUUUCAUCAGUAAAUGAUACAAGAGAUCAAAUAUAUUCUUCUGAUUUUUCACAAGAUUCAAUUUAUAAUAAUACAAAUUAUUGUUAUAAAUAUGAAGAUAUAGAAAAUACAAUAGAAAAAUUUCAAGAUCAACAUGUAACAUCAAAAAAUGAUGAUGAUAGUGUACCAGCUGUUAUAUUAAAAUCAUCAUUAGAACAAGGAAUAAAACGUAAACUUGUAGAUUAUGAUGAUAGUGAAAGUGAUAUAGAAGAUAAUGAAAAACAUGAUGAUGCUAGUCAAGAUUCUCACCAUAUUCCAACUAAGAAAGAUUCAACAAAUAAUACUGAUUUACCUAUUGCAUUACGUCGAUCAAGACGUGGUCGUAAACCAUUUAUAGCUGAACUUUCUCCAACUUCAUCAAGUACAAGCAAAUCUGCUUCACGAAGUUCAAGAAGAAAGAAAUCUGUUAAUGAACGAUGGAAAAGUCCAAGUCAAACAUUUAAAACAAAUGGUCGCCGUCAACGUAAUCGUCGUCGUGGUAAAACAUUAAUGGAUGAAAAUUCAUCGUCAACUUCGGAUGAACAUCAACUAUAUAAUGAUGAUGAUCUUUCUGAUGAUUAUUUACCGGAUAAAACAGAAAUAGAUAUACUUCUUAAUGGAGAUUUAUUAGAAGAAGAAGAUGAUGAUGAUGAUUAUAUUUCUCAUCGUCAAGCUAAAACUGUUGCACAAUGUCAUGAACAAUUUCAAAGACCAUUAACAGCAUGUUCUAUAUGUUUACAGAGCUAUCGUCCAGAAUCUUUAUUAUUAUGUGAAGAUUGUGAUAAUGCAUAUCAUUUAGAAUGUCUUAACCCUGAAUUAUUAUCAAUACCAAAUGAUAUUUGGUAUUGUCCAUUAUGUGAACAUAAACGUUUAUGUGAUGGUUUAAUUGAAAAAUUGCUUAUACUUAUAAAAGAUCAAGAAGAAUAUGAAAUGAAACGUCGAUUAUAUGUAUCAAAACGAAGAAAACGUUUAACAAAUGUUGCUGUUAAUCUUGAACGUUAUGUUAAACAAUCAACAAAUGAACAUCAAAGAAAUGGUAUUAUUUCAAGUGAUGAUGAUGAAGAAGAAGAAGAAAAAGAAAAAGAAGAAAUAAAUGAAAAGAAAACUGAUUCAGCAAAUAAUAAUAAUAAUAUUAAUAAAAAUGAUGAUGAUGACGAUGAUGAUAGUGUUUAUGGACGUAAAAAUGAUGAAAACCGAAAACCAUCGGAUCAAAAACAAGAACAAGAACAAGAACAAACAGGAAAACGUCGUGUAAGAUCAUGUCGACGAAAAGCAAAAAAUUAUUCUUUUGAUGAUUAUGAUAAAAAAAUUAAAGAAGCUAUGAUUGAUGCUGGAGUUAAUAAAGAAUUAGUUGAAGAUGAUUCAGAUGAUUCGGAUGAAAUCAUUCUGAAAAGAAGACAACCAAAAAAACGUCGCCGUUAUGAAUUUGAUGAUGAUUUUGAUGCCUCAGAUAGCAAAAAGAAUGAUGAAUAUUUACCUAGUCGACGUCGAACUAUAAAUGAUGAUAGCCGAAGUAAUACAAGAGAUAAUGAUAGUUUUCUAUCUAAUCAUCGUUUAACUGUAAACGAUGAUAGUCGAAGUGCAAGAGAUUAUGAUGAUUUUGUACCUAAUCGACAACCAACUAUAAACGAUGAUAGCCGAAGUGAUGCAAGAGAUUAUGAUGAUAAUGAUGAUUUUGGUAUGAGUGAUGAUGAUAAAGCUUGGAGAAAUCGACAACAACCAUCAACAUCAUCAAAACCAAAAAAGAAAACGAAAACAAAAUCCAAUCGUAACAAUCAACGAAAAUCAACAAUAAGAUCAGAUGAAGAUAGCAUUCUUUCUGAAGCUAAUCUUAACAAUCUACGACCAGAAAUCAAAAUAAAAACUGAACCAACAAUUGAAUAUGAUAAAAAUAUAAUUGGUUCUAAUGAAAUUGCUAGAAAUGUAUUUGAUAAACGUCCAGUUGUUAAUAAUUCGUUUGAUAAAACUCCAACUGUUAACAAUUCAGUUGUUAAUACUACAGUCGAUAAAACUCCAGUUGUUGAAAAUGCAACUAAUAAAAAUGAAGCUGCUAAGACUCCUAAACCACGACGACCACGACGAGCAGCAGCUACAAAAAAGAAAACUUUAAUUCAACAAGAAAAUAUCAGUGAUGAAGAGGACAAUGGUCAUCCUGCAGAACCAGCACGUAGACCUUAUAAAAGACGACGUGUUAGUAAUGAAUCAUCUGUCGACGAAGAUGAUGAUUAUGAAAAAUUAGCACAUAAACGUCGAUUGUUUUCUCAAGGAAAAGGUACAACACGAACAAGCAUAACAUCUCAUAUUAAAAAAUUAGUUGGAGAUGAAGAUGACGACGAAGAACAAGAAGAAAAUGAAGAAGAUGCAACAAAAGAUAAAAGUUCAGACGGAACAAAAAAGGAUGGUAACAAUAAUUCAAAACAAAAAAAUAAAAAAACAGUAUAUGAUGAAUAUCAAAUAUCGGAUGAUGAUGAUUUUCCCGAUGAACAAGAAAUAUUAAAAACAACUGGUCUGAAUUUAAAACAACCUUUAAAUAUACCAAAAGCUGCUCCUCUUCGAGCACCAUGUAUGCCUUCAAUGCAAUCAUAUCAAUUUACAAUGGCUGAUCCAACAGCAAAUUUUGACUUAACUUGUUUACCGGAAACACCAAUAACAGAACCGAGUGAUUCGAAUCAAGCUAAUGGCAAUUAA